AUGAUAAGCAAAUAUGCGAAUAGUCUUCCGACAUAUCACUGUCAAAUUAGAUACCCUGGAGGAACUCAUCUCAUCAUUGCUGGUGAUUUCAAUCUCUUUCCAUCACAUGAAGUGUACCAUGCUCUAUAUGAACACGGACUUUGGCCAGUACUCAAGGAUGAACAACAAACUUCGUUGAGUCGUUACAGUCGUAAAAAUAACAGUUUCAGAGCAUACGACAAUGCAUGGCUUUCUGCGGACUUGUCGUUGACUUCCAAAUCUGAUGCUUGUUGGACAGGUUACUCUGGAAUAAUUUUAAAAGGACUGAAACAUCCUUUGAUACCAGAAGAAACAGGAAGUGGUGCCAACGGUUUUGUCAGUGACCAUGCCCCUAUAUGGUUCGAUAUUCGUGUACCAUGA